CCUCCACGUUCUCUUCGGAGAAGAUCUAAGGAAUUAUACACCAAACUCGAAAAGUAGUUUCUUAUCCUUUCACCUAUAAACGGACUCGGACGUAUAUUUUCGAUUUUCCUAGUUUAACCCUUAUUAUUAGUAUUAUCAUUAUUAUUGAGUUUGUUGGUUUGUUAACAUCAUUGGAUUCCCCUAUCGACCUCAAUCGUCUAUUUACAAAAAAAAAACUUAUUAUUAUUAAAGGACCUGCUCCGAAUGCGGCGUUCCGUUUGCCGUUUCGCAGCCUCGAGUCAUCGCCCGAAGGCGACGGCCCUCCUUCCCCCCCCCUCCCCCGAGGUCCCUUCCCACAAAUUAUCCGUCUUGCACAAACUCCUCACGGGGGAGGCGCAGCUGCGAAAUAAGGCCUUUUUGAAGGUUUGCAACCUCGAGCAUAGCUUCGGCGCGAACUGGAAGGGGGAGAUCGAGGCCUACGCGGCGAAACUCCCCAAGGCGGCGCGCGAACAUCUACGGCGGCAAAUCGCGCGGGUGAAUCUCACGCGGUACACCACCCGCGAGCUCGCGAUGUACGCCGGGGAGGGCCCUUCCUACCUAGACGACGUCGCCCGAGAGGCGAAUCUUGCGCAAGGAAAGGUUUAUCUCGACGAGCAUGGGGUGAUUGAAUUCGAGACGUACGUGGAGGCGGAAGCGAAGAACGCGAACUGGCCCGACAGCGUCUGUAAAAAGUUUAUAAAAGAUGUCAAGGCGUUAAACGAGGAGGGAGCACAAUAGGGAAACGAUAAAAUAAUCCCCAAACCUUCAAAUGAUGUGUGUUUGGUUGCUUUUUCUUUAGUUCUAUUCAAACUAAAACAAAAGGGUUGAACAUCUGACCUGAAAUUGUAUGGUAUGAUUUAGUGUAUUUGUGUUAUAGUAUUUAGCGAUGCAAUAUUAUAGAUUUUUCUAUCUGGGUUCAUAAGUAAAUCAGGUACGAAAAAGCAAAGGGUAUUUCCUCACUAAUGUACAACGAUGUGGGAUUGAUCCUUCGUCUCGCACGUUACUUCAGGUGAAAA